GCGGUGUCCUUGAUUGUAGGGAACUAGGUACUACUAGGAAAUUUCGAGAUUUGUAGGCAUAAGGUGUGGUCAGCAGGCGCAGGACAGGAGGGAUUGGAAAUCGAUGGGAGAUGCACCUUCCUUCCCGGGGAACAAAAUAUGAUGACGACGAUGAUGAUGAUAAUUAACUACAUCAUAUCCUAUCCUAUCUUCUAAACAUAUCAAUGAUGCGACACUGUUCGUGUCACACUUUGAGAAAAGGCGACAAAUCCGAAAUUGUCGCUACUAUUGAACUGAAAUAAAUUUAUUUUUUUACGCAACCAUGUUAGCCCAGUUAACACUCCCCGUGUAAGGGCAAGUAAAUCGGGUCCAGCGGUGAAUGUUGGGCAAGAUCUAUUACGAAGAUGCAGCGUUUAAGAAUUAUGUGUGCAUCAAUUAGUCGCAUUAAGAGGGAAGUGCCUUUAUAGGAUCUAUUCAGAAUUCAAAAUUACCCGCUCCUGUUUGUCUUACUGGCCGCAGCCACUUCGUAUUUCACGCACGUCAGAGUUAUUAAACCUUUCUUCAAGACAAGCAGCCUUUGAUAUUCAGUACUUGAUUGUGUCGUUUGCUGCAUCGCUGUCAAUCAGGUCAGGCACAUGAACGGGGCAUAAACAUUCUGCUUCACAGUGGUUGAAGCAGGGUGUGGCUUCUAUUCUUCAUUGUACUGUUUUCACAUCGCUCAUGAAGCCCGUACUGAGACGAAAUAUGAACGUCGCUGUCGGUUGAUAUUGACCGACCGCGCCAUGAACCUGUAGUCAUUGAAGAGGCUCUGGUGAGAUGCGUCUUUACUUUGGCCUCAUGACGCGAAAUAUUGCCUCUUUCGAAUGCAGAAUACCCGGGCUAGGCUGAGCAUCACAGACUGAUGACAUGUAUAUAGCCUUACGGCACAACCUUUCUUUGCACAACAGAUUACAGGCGAAGGAGCGCAUCCAGAAAAUUCGACGUCAGUUGCACUGCAGUCGCUGUCUGUAUCUCCUGCUCAUUGCUCCAGUUCAACUAAAGGAAGCAUCUUGCUCGUGAAACAUACCCCUUGAGCCGUAUUCCUCAAUCUAAUCUUGCAAAGCGAAACGAUGAGCCUUCGUCCAUACUACCCCAUUCCAUCCAAUACACUGGAACUUCGGGAGAAAACAAUUUCAUUUAAUGGCGUACACAUCCUUUUCAAGAUGGGGAGGAGAGAGACCAUCCCCGAAAGCCACGUGAAAGGAUUUGAUGGUUUCAGCUUUCGCACAUUUGCAAUCACUCUAACUUUAGAGAAGAGGUUUUCAGUAGGAGCUUCGCAUGAUGCCGCAUAUGCCACCACCGAAUUGGUACAAGGAAUGCCUCGCCAUUAUAACAAGACAAAUAGUGCCACUGAUCCUUCCUUCUCAGAUUACACGGCAGGCCAAACAGCAACCGACGAAUAUUUCUCUCUGGCGCUGAGAUUCGGAACCGAAAAUUCUAGCCAUAUUUGGAACUAUUUCUUCGAAACGAAACUCAGCGGUGUUGAUAUGGAUUACACUGAUGCAAGGCUCUGGAUUUAUUGUCCUGAGGAAAAGUACAUCCUGACAUCAGUUCACUUUUACGAUCUAAGUGGACCAGAUCCCAACAAUAAACACCGUUUUGAGUCUUUGGCGAAACAACGGGUAGAGCUCAGCCCUGGUACCUUCACUCUCUGCAUCGGCGUUCACACCGGAAAAGACCCCAUACGUGUAAUCAAGGGCAAUAAGAACGAAAACCUCGGGAAGCCUCCAAGAUCGCAGGUCACAAUCACAAUACAGGUGACCAUCAGCAGGGUCAUCUUCGUCACCAGCUACGACACGGUGGCUUCGAUAGCCGAUACUAGCGGCGGCAUGCCUGAAUUUUCAAACAACUUCAUAAUGAAACGGAUCGUGCACGGUGAAGUAGGGUAG